AGAAGCUGUAUGUAACAUAUCCAUGGGGAUUUCAUUCAUUCAGCUCCAUUUGGCAGAUGACUGAAUGAAUGAAUGAAUGAAUGAAGCCCCCAAGAAUGUGAGCAGCUCUUGGUGGAUAGGAAGACAGAGAAAGAGAAAGAGAGAGAGGCACUCUUUGUGGUGAAACAGUCUCCCUGCCUCGCCCCCUCUCAUCUACUCCCCCCCUUGUCUCCUCUUUGACACCUCCCUCGGAAUGCGGGACAGGGGCAUCUAAGUCGAGCGGGAGCUUCAUGUGAUGGCUAAAACAUGCUGGCCCUACUUUGAUCCCGAGUAUGAAAACCUCAGCACUAAAAUCAAUCCACCGAGGGUCUCUAUCGAUAACACUAGCUGUAGCGACUGUACACUUAUCAAGGUUGAUAGCAUGAAUAAACCUGGAAUCCUUCUCGAAGUUGUCCAGAUACUCGCUGACCUCGAUCUUAUUGUCACAAAAGCUUACAUCUCAUCAGAUGGCGGCUGGUUCAUGGAUGUAUUUCAUGUCACCGAUCAGCAAGGAAACAAAAUUACAGAUAGCAAAACGAUGGAGUACAUAGAAAAGGUUUUAGGUCCAAACGGGCACCGCAUUGACAGAAUAAAGAUGUGGCCGGGCAAACGGGUCGGGAUCCACUCCAUUGGAGACCACACUGCAAUCGAACUCAUAGGCAAGGACCGUCCAGGUCUACUAUCAGAAAUCUCCGCGGUCCUUGCAGGACUCCAAAUCAACGUGGUAGCGGCUGAAGUGUGGACUCACAACAGGAGGAUUGCCUGUGUCCUGUAUGUGAAUGAUGACAUCACCAGUCGUGCCGUGGAUGAUCCUAAGAAACUCUCGGUCAUGGAGGACCAGCUCCAGAACAUCCUUCGAGGUUGUGAGACCAAUGAUGACGAUGAUGAGAACAAGGUUGCUCGGACUUCUUUCUCCAUGGGCUUCACUCACAUUGAUCGAAGGUUGCACCAGAUGCUGUUUGCUGACAAGGACUAUGAGAGCUGUGGCCUGACUUCUGAUUCCGAUCAUAGCCCGCCCUCCUCAAAAUCAACAGUCACGAUCGACCGGUGCGAGGAGAAGGGGUAUUCUGCGGUCAGUGUCCGGUGCAAGGAUCGACCGAAGCUGUUAUUUGACAUUGUUUGCACGCUGACGGAUUUGCAGUAUGUUGUUUUCCAUGCUAGCAUCUCAUCCGAUGGUCCCGAUGCUCUACAGGAAUACUACAUUAGGCAUAUGGAUGGUUGCACACUCGAUUCUGAAGGAGAGAAGGAACGGGUGAUUAAAUGCCUUGAAGCUGCGAUUCGGAGACGAGUCAGUGAGGUAAGUUACAAUGCCAUCUUCAGCCUAACUCGUGAUCAUGCUCUACGUAUUUUAAUUAUGUUACUAAUGCAGGGACUAAGCUUAGAGCUAUGUGCAAAGGACAGAGUGGGGCUGCUCUCAGAGGUAACUCGGAUCCUCCGAGAAAACGGGCUCUCUGUUACAAGGGCUGGGGUGACCACGGUCGGGGAACAGGCCGUGAAUGUCUUCUAUGUUCGAGACGCUUCGGGGAACCCGGUGGACAUGGAGAUGAUCGAGGCCCUGAGGAAGGAAAUCGGGCACACGAUGAUGCUCAACGUGAAGAAGUCGCAGGGACCGGCCGUCGCGAAUAAGGCCCAGGGCCCCGAGGCCAGCGGGUGGGCCAAGACAAGCUUCUUCUUUGGGAAUCUCUUCGAGAGAUUCUUGGCUUGAAUCCCAUAAAUGGUUGUCGCAUCUUGCCCAUAUAAGAUUAUCUCUAACCCGAAAACAUGCAUGCAACCUUAAAAAGUGUAAGCAAGCAUAGAAAAUAUCUAUGUGUAAUAAGGUCAUGCCAGGUGUUAAAAGAUGAUGUAUGGGGCAGGGGCUUUGUCAAAUUGUAAUUUGCAUGUACGCUUUUAUGAAUUUUAAAUCCUUCUGGGCUUCUCUUGUUUUACAUACGUCGGAUGAAUAUACCGUUUCUUUGAUUGUGUUUUC